AGUUAACUUUAGAUAAUAACAUUCUAAAAAUCUUUCCAUCCUUCUGUGGAUUCUCACUGCUGAUGGAGUUGCAGAGAGCACUUAUGGGACAAUAGGCACAACAAACGCGGCAGAAGUCAUCCUUUAGAUUUGAACACAGACGAGGGAAAGAAUGAGAGAAAAGAUGAGAGAGGGGGGGGAGAGACAGGGAAAGGAAGAGAGGGAGGAGGACGCAGAGAGGGAGAAAGCAGGACAUGUAAAAGAAGACAGAAGAGUCGAUAGUAGUAAUGUGCUAUUUUAUUUGUCCCAAAACUUUAAUUUGACAUUGGCAAAAUUUGAAUUCAGACAGCAAAAAGGUGGAACAAAUAUUGCAACGUUGGUGUCUAGUUGACCAUUAGUUGAUUAUAUUUCGUUAGGUGCACGCAGAACGCUUAGAUUCCGAAGGGAGGAAAUAUUCUCAGAUGGCGAAAAGCAACAACGAUAAGAUAAUUCAUAUUGAAGAUUGAAUUACCCUAUUGCUUGGAAUCUUGUUAUUUUGCUUGCACCACACGAAUGAUGUCUGCUAGGCAGGCAUCGUCACUCAUCAGGAAAUAAUUUGUUUGCUGGUUUCUAUAAGAAAAGGAGGAGAUAUUUUCUGAUGACAAAAUCUGUAGUGAUCAGCUGUUCCCGUUCGAUUCUGCUAGAAUAUAUGAAAAAUAAAUGCAUACGAUAUGGUUUGGAUUCUCGCCAUCCUGUGUACACCUCACGAAGCAAUAGAUUGUGUAUUCCUAAAUGCAAAACUGGAUGGUGGAAAUACAUUUGUAUGGGAUUGGUGUGGGGGCAAAGAAUAUAAAACAAAGCAAAAUCUACAAACAUUAUUUUCUCCUCCACACACUAGUUGUUAUAACUGCAUAGCAAACAACACCCACACUUUCCCCGCCCAUCUCUCCAUUACCAUCACAAAAGAUUUACACAUUCUGAACAAAUCGAAAUCACACUCAUACACUUCAAAAGAUCCUAGAGGUACAACUUUAAAAAUCAUCAACAAAGGGCGCAGUAUAUUAUUCAACAACACUACCGAUCAUACUACAAUGCCACUAACAACUACUCUAGACACAGGAAAUAUGUACAUUAAUACGUAAUUAUACACACACACAACAACAACAACAAUAACACGCAUCGCAUAACCCCCCCCCCCAAAAAAAAAGAAUUUGACUGAAUUUGUUUACACUUAUUAAACACUGAUAUUUUGAAUUUCGCAUACCACAAGCGACCGGUGAGUGGGGAGUGAAAACAUCGUCUGCUAUGUUUGUUAGUAAAAUAGCAAAACUUAAAUCCUUUCACCUGCUACACUACCAUGCAACAAACGCAUAUUCAACGAUGUAAACCGACCCACAAAAUGCCGAGAUCAGCCUCGUCACCGCAGACUUUUGCUGUUUAGGCUAAACUGAGGUUGAACACCAUUUCCAACAGAAGGAUAUGAAAUCAGUUGUAACUGCUGCUGGUGGAUUUCAAACUGAGGCUGAGUCGGCACUCGCGAACGCUCUAGCAGGAUCAAAUAAAAUUACCAUGAGUCGCACGACGAGUGGGUUUGUGAGCAUCGUUGAAUUAGCAACUGAUGGAACAUACAUUAAACUUGAAGACCUUGCUAAGUUUCCAAAGGGCGCAUCAAACAUAAAGAACUGGACACUGACCCAAACCCUGGAAAAUGGCACGAGCUACACCCAUAAAUUUACCGAUGGUAACGUGUUUAGUUCUGGCAAAAUUGUCAAGAUUUGGGGAUCAAAACACGGUGCUGGGCAAGACGGCAUCACAUCUUCCGCUGUCGCUCAAUGGGGAACAAUGGUCAUCCCAUCGACAGUUACUUUGACAGACGACAAAGGCAAGGUAAGAUGUCCUAAUUUAUUGUUUAGCACACAUUUUCUUUCACACUUUUCUCCACUAUAGCCCUUGAGUAUAUUUUUCUUUCUAGUGUCAUGCACUUUGAGAGUUGAUCUAUGUAGUCAUUUGUCUCCCUGAUAUACCAUAUUAUAUAAAAUGUACAAAUUUUAUUUCUAGAGAACAGGCCACAAUCAAAUCUGUAUUUGAAAAGCAUACCAGUUCGAUAUGCAUUUGAUCAACAAUCUUAAUAAGCUUAGCGGCAGUUGGUAGUAUUUAGUAAGGCUGAUUCAGUUCACUGCUUUAAGUAACGUUUGGAAUGUGAUUUUAAUACUGACAAUUAAUAAAAAUAUUUCAUGACCUUGCUGCGUCGGGUUCAAUAAAACGCUUCCUGUCGGCAUGGCUUUGAGACAGACGUUAUAUCUUCCAAUAGCAAUGUUUUUCAUACAUUUAAACAUAGCGACAUAAUUUGCUUCAGUACACAAUAAAAAUACUAGUUAUAUAUGAAACGUCGAGUAACCGAUAAACAGAACGUAUUCUGAUUCUCAUUUGAGAGCAAUCACACGAAGUUAAAACAGCCUAUGAAAUAUUUCAUUUUUAACUUUACGAGCACAAAAAAGAGAAUUAAUAUAUUGUGACUUCUGACUCUUGUGUAAAGUUUUAUGAUACACAGGCCAGAACGACUAUUGUCGUUACACUACAUGAAGGUGUUUAAUCUUGUGGUGCCUCAACUCCUUAAUAGGUCACGAAUCUCCCAGUUUAUUUAUUAAUUUCUCAUUAUUUUUCACU